UAUUCUUUACCUUUGGCUGUUGGUAGAAGUAGAAGAGGACGAGUAUAAACGGAUCUCUAGCUCUUCGCCGCUCUUAAUCUUCUCUCAACGAACUCAUGGAGGAAAGCAUCGCCCUAUCUGCCUAUGAUCAAAGUGGAACCAGCAGUGUCUUCGAUCAAAGUGGAACCAGCAGUGUCUUCGAUAAGUCGCUCGGCUCCGAACAAGGUGCCGAACAGAACCGGGACGGCAGCAACAUCUUGUGGUGCCUUUUCACAGCAGCGUGUGUUCUCUUCGUUGUCGCCCUUCUGGCCACGUUGCUCCUGGGUCUGGAUGCGGGUGGCAUCGGAGAAGGCACCGCAGGCGAUAGCCACGAUCAAGGCGGUGGCGGUGGUGGUGGCGGUGGCGGUGGUGGUGGCGGUGAUUCCUCUGCGGGAAGAACGGUUCCAGUAGUAGUCGUUGCACAACCAAGCAUAACCACAACAGGUUCGACACCAAGUUUGACGAAAGUCAGAGUGACAACUCCUAGAAGUCCUACACAUCCACAUUCUACACGCCCACAUUAUACAAGCCCAAGUCCUACAAGGCCAAGUCCUGCAAGGCCAAGUCCUGCAAGCCCAAGUCCUACAAGCCCAAGUCCUACAAGUUCAAGUCGUGCAAGGCCAAGUCCUACAAGCCCAAGUCCUACAAGCCCAAGUCGCGCAAGCCCAAGUCCUACAAGCCCAAGUCCUACAAGCCCAAGUCCUACAAGCCCAAGUCCUACAAGCCCAAGUCGUGCAAGCCCAAGUCCUGCAAGCCCAACUCCUACGAGCCGAAGUCCUAUAAGCCCAAGUCCUAAAAGCCCAAGUUCUACAAUCCCAAGUCCUACAAGCCCAGGCACUACGCAAGCACAACGCAAACCUGGAUUGCUGGAAUCGUUGCUGUGCACUGUACGAGAGGGUUUCACCAAAAGCACGUUCCAGUUUCCACCAGACGGGCUCUGCGGUAUCAUCACGUUCGACUCGCUGUACUCGAGGGCAGGAAACACGUUGGAGCCGCCGUAUAACCCCGACCUCGAGUAUUUCUUGGAGACGGCGAGGGGACACCGCCUCACCGAGUAUGCGAUCGGAAUCGAUUACAGCUCUUGCAGGAGCGAAGCCAGAAUGAGGGCACUUGCGGCUAAUGCCAACACCAAGCUACAUUUGAAUACGCUGUGGGACCAGCGAGUCUACCACUACGGCCAAGUAAGCAGCCCAAUGAGACCCACCGACAGCACUCCUGCUGGAGUCGUGGUGGAAUCUGCGAGAGGCCUAAAGAUAAUUUCAGAUUUGAUGAAGGACAGGAAAGAUCCCAUGUUGAGACCAAGUUAUACAAUACUACAUUUCUCGCUGCACACCGAGAAAUCCGUCCCCUACAUUGCUGAUGCACUGAGGACUCAUCCGGUGGACGUGUUUGUCUUCAUAGCGUUCCACAAGGAGGCAGACUGGCAGUACACGAACUGCCACAUGGUACCACCGACCAUACGCUCCACGCAGCUACUGCCUCUUUACAUCAAAGCUGAGUACCCUAUUCGCUUGGACACGAUUAUCUCUGGCUUGGCUUCCAAGCAAGCUCAGUGGCCGGCCGCAGUUUCGUUCGCCGUGGCCUUCGGGAUGGGCGGCCGUUGGUACGUUCCAAAGUACCCGUCUGCAAACGUCUCGCUGGGUGACGAAUGCGCUAAGGACCGCUAUCCAGCUGGCGACCAGAUCGUCAGUAUUACAAAGGCCUGCUCGACCCGAGGAUUCAACAGUCCGUUCUACAGCGACGCAACCUAUGAAGCCCCUUUCGCGUAUGACAGGCAGCAGAACUGGCUGUUUACAUAUGAUAGCGCCAUUUCGCUUCGACUUAAGGUAUGCAAGAGCAAGCGGAAUGCGGUGGAUGUCGACUACACCUUGGCUGCCGUCAACAUUCAGUUUGAAGACUACAUGAACAAAUGCGGCUUCGGACUUUACCACCGGCUCAUCAUGUUGAAGGCCUUGGCCGGCUUUCUAAAACAAAAUUACACGUCGGCAGCCCAAGAGGGCAAGUGCAUGGUGCUUGGCUAGUAGGAGGCCUGUGCAUUACCUCGUUCAUUGUUCAUCUCCUUUCAUGACAUUUUACUUAUUCAAACAACAUGUCAAAAAAUAAACCAUAUACAUUGUUUCAUAA